AUGCAAGAACCAACAACAGUUUCUUUUAAGUCGUAUCCUAUAUUAAAUAACGCAAGAUACAUCAUAUAUGUAUAUUUUUACCAUAAUACAGCACAGAAUAUAGCGUGUAUCACGUUGAAAUACGUAGCAGAAUAUACGAAAUAUUUGUACCGUACCCUGAAUGCGCCGAGUAUACUCAAGACAGUUGUACCAGGAUACCGUGAAGGAUACGCCGUGUACCCUGUCAAUAUCACGAAUACAAAGUUGCAUUUCAAAAACGCACCUAGCAAUCCUGCUACAGACAGUUAUCCCGAUUUGAAAUUUGCAGAAACGCCCGCUAGCGAACUACCUGAACCUAUAUCCUACCAAAACCACAACGUAACGACAUUUGUUUUUUAUUUUGAAAGUUUCGGCCCAAUUCGUCGAAUAUUUGAAGUGAAGUGGUUUUGGGGAACUCUGGUCCAUUAUCCUUCAAUAUCCAAUACUUCAGAAAAUUCUGGUCCGUUGUCCUUCAAGAUCCAUUACUUUUGGGAACUCUGGUCCGUUAUCCGUCAAGAUCCGAUACUUUUGGUAAUUCUCGUCCGUUAUCCGUCAAGAUCCGAUAGCUUUUGCGAACUCUGGCCCAUUAUCCGUCAAGAUCCGAUAGCUUUUGCGAACUCUGGCCCAUUAUCCGUCAAGAUCCGAUAG